AUGCCACCUAAAUCCGCACACAAGAAGCAGUCCGAAAGCGAGGAGGAACACAAGCAGGAGCAGCACGAGGGACAGAGGGACGAGGUCGAAGUGGGAGAAAAGCGAAAGGCAGACCAGGACCGCGACCAAGACGCCAACGGCGACGACGGCGACGAAGAUGACCACCACGACGAAAAGGAACCGGCAAAGAAGCAGCAGCGCAAGUCGCACGACAACGCCGGCGACGACAAUGUCGCAGUCGACCUCAAGGGCCUCGACCAACGACAGCAAGACGACGACCGCAAGCUCAAGGGUGACGACGUAGAGGUGCGCAAGUCGGACGCGGGCAACGACGCCGACGAGGUGCGCUGGCACAUUGCAGAAACGGGCCUGAUCUACUUUUUCUACCGGCCAAAAGUCAAGGCGGCCAUGGGCGAGGACAAGGGCGCGUCGAUUGACUCGCUCGAUGGCGUCCAGAACAGCUUCAUGCUCCUCGUCCCGCGCAGGAGCGAGUCAGAGACGGCACCCGCCGCUCCCAAGGAAGAAAAAGACGGCAACGACGACGACGACGACAAGGACAAGAGGGCGCCGCACAACCCGACCGGCUUCCGCUUCAUUGCGCUCGGACGCAAGCGCAUGCCCGACGUCGAGCUCGCCCUCUCGCACGGCCAGGAACCACGUGGUAUCGGCGGACGCGACAGCGAGGCCACCUGGGCCACCAUCAGCUCGGUCGGCACCGAUCUCGACAAGCUCGUCGAUGGUAUGAAGGAGUCGAGGUACUCGACAAAGACACGCGGCGAGCGCGUGCAGCCGGCAGCGAGGCCUGCAGGACGCGGGCACUACGUGCUGAGCAUCAAGCAGACUGACCCUCCGUCGAACCGCGAGGUGCGCCUCACCUACCACGUCUCGCACCCGUCGGCCGACGACUUUGGCGACGUGCAGAGCGAGAUUGGCAUCCACCCGUCGUCGUCGGUGCUGCUGCAGAUGCGCAACCCGACGAUGCCGCCGACGGGGCCCGACGCGCCCACGGCCGGCCUGCCCAAGGAGCAGCGGGCCAAGCUGACGGACGACGAGAUGCAGCAGACGUUUGGCGGCGACCUCGACAGCGGCGGCAACCGGUACGCGCGGCCCGAGGAUCCGAUGCUGCUCGACCGCGAGGGCGUGGAGCUGCUCAUCAUCAAGCGCAGGAACCAGGAAAAGGACGGCCUGCAGGGCGCGGGAGACGAGCAGGCCAAAGCGCUCAAGGACAUUGCGGACCGGGACGGCAAGCGGCUGUCGGAAGACGAGGUGCUCGAGGAGCUCAAGCUGUCGACCAAGGACACCGAGGUCGAGGCGCUGAGCGGAGAGUGGAUCUGA